UGCAGACGGACGGACAGCGGUGGUCAUCAUGAGGAUUCUUUUACUCUUUCUGCUCUUAUCAGCUGUGUUGGGCGGCUCAUUGGCACAGAAGUUUGUCUACAUGAGUUUGAAGAAGAGCUGGACUGAAGCUCAGAUGUACUGCAGACACAAGUACACCGAUUUAGCCACAAUUACACACAUGACAGAGCAAACCAAGGUGGCGAGCUUUACAGAAGGAAAUGUAAAGGUUUGGAUUGGACUGUACCGUGUGAAUAAUGUCUCUCCCUGGAUCUGGUCUGAUCAGAGCGACUUCUUAUUUCACCACUGGGCUGUUAACAAGCCAGACAUUCAUGAGCCCCUUCAAACCUGCGUUUCUACGAAUGAUUACGGAUGGGUUGAUAAGUUUUGUACAGAGGAGUUGUCUUUUGUUUGCUACAGUGCCGCAGUGAAGAAGACACAGGUGUUGAGAGUGGAAGUGGAAUCACAUGAGAACGUGAACGAUCCUGAAGUGAAGAAGAACGUUCUGGAGAAGAUCCAGCAGGCCUUGGAAGGCAACGUCACGCUGUCAUGGAGAAAUCAAUCCGAUGGGAAUGUCUUCCAGAAGAAGCAGCAGAAUAAAGACUCUCAACACACCUGCCACUGAACAACAGCAGCAGCUUCUUUGUUUUCAUGUGUUGACAUCUUUUCUUCUGUGUAUAAAUCAUCAAUAUUUCAUUCGGUUGGAUUAGUUCAAUCCUCAUGAAUCUGUGAGUUCUUCUCUUCAUAUCACAGCUCAGGUGUCGUCCUCUGACACACACACAUUUCACGGCAUCUCUUCCCAUGUGAGAGCUGUGCUGACUUCAUAGAUUCAUUAUAAUCGUCUUUCAUAAGUUUGUUAAUAAUAAAUAAAUUAGACUUUAGAUUUGAAUCGUGGAGUGUGUGACUGAUUUAACUCGCGUCACACGUGUUUAUGAUGAUAUUGCUCAGAGACAGAUCGUCUUUCUUAUGUCAUGCUGACCUCUGCUGGUGAUUUGUGAGUACAGGCCUGAAUGAUCUUCACAGAUGUCUCUUAUCUUCUUGAGUAAAUUCAACGUGAGAUCUAUUAAGUGGUAUAAGCUUAUUUUUUUUCAAAUGUCAUAUUAAUGGGAGACAGGGCCGGUUCUGAACGUUUGGAGGCCAUUGGCAAAAUGCAAAAAGCACCCCAAUCCCCU